AUGGGAACCACUAAAGAUAUUAUUUUUUUUUUUCGGGAAUCGGUUUUGAGAAGAAAAUUGGUACCUAAUAUUACCAGGCUCUGCGAAACAAGAUGGAGUGAGAAACAUAAAACUAUCAGAGUAUUUAAGGAGAAUUUUCCUGUUGUAUUGGAAGCCUUAGAAAACUUAUCGCGUGAAGGAAACAGUGCGACUCGAAAAAACGCCUUUCAACUCCAUGCGGCUGCUUUCAAAAUUUCGUUUAUACUUUGUAUUACUUUGAUAGCUAAAUACUCUGCUUUGUUGGAACCUGUUGUCAACGCACUCCAAUCCAUAGCUUUGGAUGUGGUUAAGGCCUCGCAACACGUCAAACGCAUUUUGCAAUUGCUUAAGAGCCACCGUGAUAAUCCCGAAAGAGUCACAGAUGAAAUCAUAAAGGAUGCUACUGUUGUUGCGGAGAAAGUCGGCCUGGAGCAGGAUAUCACUUCAAUGCCGCGCAUUGUUGGGAAACAACGUCAUCGAAGCAAUCACCCAGCAAAAAGCCCUUCAGAAUUCUGGAAAAGAUCAUUGAUAAUACCAUACUUGGACUCCGUUAUUACAUCGCUUGAAACACGCUUUGCUGAAGAAAAUACUCCAUCAUUUGCCUUAUCUAAAUUACACCCCGCACAAAUGCAAACGAUGUCAGUCGAAAAUCUCACUGGUUUGGCCAUGAUGAGUGUGCACCGAAAACUUAUACAUGGAAACUUACAAGAUUUUAAUAAUAAAGUGGUCGAGAAGUUUACAAUGAAUCCCCGAAAAUUAUGUUUUAAUUAA